UGUGUGUUUUCCACCAAGGGAGGUGGGAGAAUUGUCAUUCAUACUCCCUCCUUCUGGAUUUUGGAGAUAUGGUGUUAGGGAACAGAGAGAGAGAAAGAGAGAGAGAGACACUAUCUGACUGAUCUCUUUAAAUUUUUAGUCAUGUUCUCUUGUUUCCUUCUUCCUUCCCUCUCUCGCAGGAGGUAAAAUGCACGCUUGUUGCCCCCCAGUAACUUUGGAACAAGACCUUCACAGAAAAAUGCAUAGUUGGAUGCUGCAGACUCUGGCAUUUGCUGUAACAGCGCUCCUCCUGUCCUGUGCAGAAACCAUCGAUUAUUAUGGGGAAAUCUGUGACAAUGCAUGUCCUUGUGAGGAAAAGGACGGCAUUUUAACUGUGAGCUGUGAAAACCGGGGGAUUAUCAGUCUCUCUGAAAUCAACCCUCCCCGGUUUCCAAUCUAUCACCUUUUGCUAUCUGGGAACCUUCUGAACCGUCUUUAUCCCAACGAGUUUGUCAAUUAUACUGGGGCUUCGAUUUUGCAUCUGGGUAGCAAUGUUAUCCAGGACAUUGAAACCGGGGCUUUCCAUGGGCUGCGGGGUUUGAGAAGAUUGCAUCUGAACAAUAAUAAACUGGAAGUUCUGCGCGAUGACACUUUCCUUGGUUUGGAAAACUUGGAGUACCUACAGGUCGAUUACAAUUACAUCAGUGUCAUUGAACCCAGUGCUUUUGGGAAACUGCAUUUGUUGCAGGUGCUUAUCCUCAAUGACAAUCUCCUGUCCAGUUUACCCAACAACCUUUUCCGUUUUGUGCCCUUAACGCACUUGGACCUGCGGGGGAACCGACUGAAACUUCUGCCCUAUGUGGGGCUGUUACAGCACAUGGAUAAAGUUGUGGAAUUACAGCUGGAGGAGAAUCCCUGGAACUGCUCCUGUGAGCUGAUUUCUCUCAAGGAUUGGCUAGACAGCAUCUCUUACUCAGCCCUAGUGGGGGAUGUGGUUUGUGAGACCCCUUUCCGCUUGCAUGGCCGUGACUUGGAUGAGGUGCCCAAACAGGAACUUUGCCCUCGAAAGCUCAUUUCCGACUACGAGAUGAGGCCACAGACACCUUUGAGCACCACGGGGUAUUUACACACCACCCCUGCUUCGGUCAACUCUGUGGCCACAUCUUCCUCUGCUGUUUACAAACCCCCCUUGAGAUCUCCUAAGGGGACUCGUCAACCCAACAAGCCCAGGGUGCGCCCCACCUCUAGGCAGCCGUCCAAGGACUUGGGCUACAGUAAUUAUGGCCCCAGCAUCGCCUACCAGACCAAAUCCCCGGUGCCUUUGGAGUGUCCCACCGCGUGCACUUGCAAUCUACAGAUCUCUGAUCUGGGCCUCAAUGUCAACUGCCAGGAGCGCAAGAUAGAGAGCAUUGCCGAGCUGCAGCCCAAGCCCUACAACCCGAAGAAGAUGUAUCUGACGGAGAACUACAUCGCCGUGGUGCGCAGGGCGGACUUUCUGGAGGCCAUGGGGUUGGAUCUUCUGCACCUAGGCAACAAUCGCAUCUCCACGAUCCAGGACCGCGCCUUCGGUGACCUCACCAACCUGAGACGCCUGUACCUGAACGGCAACCGGAUCGAGAGGCUGAGCCCCGAGUUGUUCUACGGCCUGCAAAGCCUGCAGUAUCUCUUCCUACAGUACAAUCUCAUUCGCGAGAUACAGUCUGGCACGUUUGACCCCGUCCCGAACCUCCAGCUGCUGUUCCUGAAUAACAACCUCCUACAGACCCUGCCCUCAGGUGUCUUCUCGGGCCUGACCCUCCUCAGACUGAACCUGAGAAGCAACCACUUCACCUCCUUGCCAGUAAGUGGAAUUCUGGACCAACUGAAGUCGCUCAUCCAAAUAGAUUUGCACGACAAUCCUUGGGAUUGUACGUGCGACGUGGUGGGCAUGAAGCUGUGGGUGGAGCAGCUCAAGGCCGGCGUCCUGGUGGAUGAGGUGAUCUGCAAGUCACCAAAGGAGUUCGCGGAGACCGACAUGCGGUCCCUUAAGUCGGAGCUGCUGUGUCCCGACUACUCUGACGUGGUGGUUUCCACGCCCACGCCAUCCUCCAUCCAGGUCCCCGCGAGGACCAGCGCAGGGACCCCGGCCUUAAGAGCAAACAGCACUGGGGACCCCGCGGGCCCAGGCGCGGGCGGAGGCGCGUCCUCCGUGCCGCUGUCCGUGCUGAUCCUCAGCUUGCUGCUGGUGUUCAUCAUGUCCGUCUUUGUGGCCGCUGGGCUGUUUGUGCUGGUCAUGAAGCGCAGGAAGAAGAACCAGAGCGACCACACCAGCACCAACAACUCGGACGUGAGCUCCUUCAACAUGCAGUACAGCGUGUACGGCGGGAGCGGCGGCGCUGGGGGCCACCCCCACGGCCACGGCCACCACCGCGGGCCGGCGCUCCCCAAGGUGAAGACGCCCGCAGGCCACGUGUACGAGUACAUCCCCCACCCGCUGGGCCACAUGUGCAAAAACCCCAUCUACCGCUCCCGGGAGGGCAACUCCGUGGAGGAUUACAAAGACCUGCACGAGCUCAAGGUCACCUACAGCAGCAACCAGCACCUACAGCAGCCGCCGCCGCCCCCCCAGCAGCAGCAGCAGCCGCCGCCGCCGCCCCCCCAGCCACAAGCCCCGCUGCAGCUGCAACUGCAAACCGGGCCAGAGGAGAGGCGGGAAAGCCACCACUUGCGGAGCCCCGCCUACAGCGUCAGCACCAUCGAGCCCCGAGAGGACCUGCUGUCGCCAGUACAGGACGCAGACCGCUUUUACAGGGGCAUUUUAGAACCAGAUAAACAUUGCUCACCCACCCCUGCUGGCAAUGCCCUCCCGGAAUAUCCCAAAUUCCCGUGCAGCCCAGCUGCGUACACUUUCUCCCCCAACUAUGACUUGAGGCGCCCCCAUCAGUAUUUGCACCCAGGGGCUGGGGACAGCAGGCUGCGCGAACCGGUGCUCUACAGCCCCCCCAGUGCUGUCUUUGUAGAACCGAACCGGAACGAGUAUCUGGAGCUAAAAGCAAAACUAAACGUUGAGCCGGACUACCUCGAAGUGCUGGAAAAACAGACCACAUUUAGCCAGUUCUAAAACCAGAACCGUUCCCUUGGAACGUUUUGCAUUUCAAACAAAUAAGCAAGCAGACACACAGUGGACUCGUUUGAUUAAUUGUGUUGUCUCCACGUUUAGGGUGAAGUGCCUUGGCACGGGAUUCUCAGCUUCGACGGAAGAUACUGAAAGGAUGUGCAGUUUCCUUUUAAAUUGUACACGCGGGAGACUUGUGUAAACUGGGCACAUCGCUUUUUGUACUUGCGUGUAGGAGAGCUUGGGAGAAGGGCUUUGCAGAGGGCUGUUUGCUGUGCAGGGUCCUUGUGAAAGGUCCCACUAACUUUUGUAGUGAUUGGAAGUGCUGAAGAAUGAUGGGAGACAGAUACUUCCUUCCCCUGCUCUUGUCUUCCCACGCUCCCCUGUCUCUCCUCCCCUCUCCCUCUUAAACCAAGGGUGGGUCCAAAUGGCUUUAUUUGGAGAGAUUAGCACAUCCCAACAAGAACAGAAAGUUUGUUUUCUCCCUCCCCCCCUCCCUUCUUCUCCCACUCCCUCAUUUCUUCCCUUUCUUUUUAAAGGAUGUGUUUGUAUGCAUUCUGGACAUUUGAAUUAAACAACAAAUGUACUGCGAUCUCGAUAGGAUCACCAUAGAUGUGGACAGAUCAUAAAAUUACAAAGCUAUAUGAUCCAUAAUUGAUUAGUCAAAAUAACUUAUUGAUGAAAAAUGCAAAUAUUUUAUUGUAGCACCUAUUUUUAUAUGCACAUUUAGCAUUCCCCUUUCCUUCACUAUCUACUCUAUGAUUUUCACAAAGGUGUCACACUAUAUUAGGAACUGUAUUUCCCAAACAAGUGAUAUCAGGAAAGCAUUUCAAAUCAUGAAAAUAUGGAGACAUUUUUAAACUAAAUUUUGAGCCAAUACAACCCACCCAAUCGGACCUGUAUUUUCUUUCUUUCUUUUUUUUAAUGAAUUGAAUCCCAAUGUAUAAAAUAAAAUGUUUUAGGGCAAUUUAUUUGGGUCAUUUGAGUGAGAAUCAUGUGCAAGUGUUUGGUUUUCUUAGAGAAGAUUUGAAAAGUAUUUUCAUUAGUCAACCAAAAGUCUGUAUUGAUUUGACUACUAUUGUAGCCGAUUUUUGAUUGUUUAACCAAGCCCAGUUGCAUUUGUGCAGGUCCAAGUGUACUGGCCCCUUGGAAGACCAAAUGAUGGACUGUACAAAUCUCUAUACAUGUCUUUAUUCCCUUGGGCAGCAAGCAAUGAUGAUAACCACAAACAAGAUUUCUGUAAGAUGGGGCUACUGUUGUUACAGUCUCAUAUGUAUCCCAGCACAUGUAAUUUUUUAAAUAGUUUCUGAAUAAACACUUGAUAACUAUGUCAAA